GGUUCCCUAAACUAUGCUUAUCCUGUAAAGAUCUGCUCUUCUUCCUCCCAGAGUGUUUCUAUAUUUUGAUAAACAAUUCUUUUGUUUCAAGACUAUACUGCCUGUCAAUAUAUGACUCAAUGUACCUAACUAAUUAUGUAAAAUUGAUGGCUUGCUUUGAGUCUCCCAUUUCUAAAUUCCAUAUAAACUAAACUCUUCCUAUAUUCAUGUCUGUUGCUUUUGAGGAAUUAUCCCUGCAACAGUCUACUGGUAUGAAGUUCCAACAGUCUGCUUGUGUAAAGAUUAAACGCUACUUUCUUAUCUUCUCAGUACAGUCUUCCUUUCAGUUUCCUUUGGUUUGUUUUGGCCUGUGAAUUUUCUGGAAACAGGGUAAGGCUUUUCUCUCCCUAGUCCUGCCUCCAGUGAGGAUAUACAAAUAUUUGUAUAAGACACAAGCAUAACCCCACAAUUAACAAAGUUAAUUAAUAGCUGACAUGCUAUUAAUUAAUAGUAGGUCGAUAACUGAGUGCAGGACAGUUUGUUUUGCUCCGCUCUGAUUUUGAGAAUUUCACACUGUUUAAUAAUUCUCAAUAUGAUCUAUGAAAGGAUUUUGCCCCAGAUAGGACACUGUAGCCCUUGGGAGGCUGGAAGGCAGAACCAAGGAACUCUAUCUUGAGUUCAACUUUCUUGUCCCUAGGCAAUUGAACUGUGGCACCAAAUGAAUACCAAUGGGCUGCCAGUGCAUCAGUAAUGCCCCUUAGGCACCACCCCAAACCUAAGCUACAUGUAUGCCCCCACACCACGUGUCUGGCGGAGAGAAUGCCAGACCCGAGAGAAUGCGACACCGCAGAGGGUCAGGGGGUCUCUCCCCACAUUCUUAAAAUUAAAGUCGCUUUUAUUUCAUACUUCUUAUCUUUUCAGCCACGCCAAAAUUCUAUCAGUCUACAGAAUGUACACAUUCCCAAUUUAAAUAUCAUUAUUCAGGUUUGUAGAAUGGAAAAGCUCAUCCUAAAAUUCCAAUAAAAUUGAAAGGGUGUCUGGAUAGAAAAAACAAUCGAAAAAUAAAAAGAAACAUGAGGCACUGUAUUCUUCUUAACUUCAAAAUAUACCACAAAACACAGUAAUACAGGCUUAAUACAGGCAAAUAAAUAUUUUAACUUUGUAUUAAUCAUUCAUCCUUAUGUGUGACAUCAAAACCAUAACCAAAAAAAGGACAAAAUACAUACAUUGGGCAUCAUCACAAUUAAACAUUUUCAGGAUCAAGAUUACUAUGAGGACAAUAAAAACUCAAGUUAUAGAAGAGACAGACUGUACAUAAAGCACAGAUACAGAAUGGUCUAGUAUCCAAAACAUUUAAAGAACUGGUAAAACUCAAUAACCAUCAGAAAAGCAUUUGUCCAAAGAAGGUACAUAAAAGGACACAGGACAGCAAGCACUUAAAAAUCUACUGACACCAUUAGUCAGUAAGAAAUGCAAAUCAAAACCAGACACAAAUGCAACCUCUAAAACAAUCUGGAAUGAAAAUAAUUUAAAGAACAUGUUCUGAAAAUAUGGAGAAAUGGGAAGUUUCUCACAUUUCUGACAAAUUACUAUGCUAAUGACAAAGGAUACAAAUUUCAGAUUUCUGGAAAAGAUAUCAAGACAUAAAUGAAUAAAAGAUAGUCUCGUUAAUCAAUAGUCCUAGAAAAACUGGCUUUCCAAAUGUCAAAGACCAGGUCCAAGUCCAACACCAUGCACUCGAGUAAAAUUGAAAUGGAUCAAAGUUCUAAAUAUUAAAAUGAAAAUACUAAAUCUUCUGGAAGAGAGUAUAGACAGGACUCUUCAAGACAUGGGUAUAGGUAAAGAUUUCAUGAACAGAACAUUAAUCACACAGGAAACAAUACAAAAUUCAAUAAUUGGGUUAUCAUUCUAAUAAAAAGACUUCACAUAUCAAAGGAAAUCAACAGUGGAAUGAAAAGACAACACCACACAGUGGGAAAAAAUCUCAACCAGUUGUUCUUCAAAGGAAUUAUAUCCAUAACAUAUAAAGAAUUAAAAGGAAUUAGAACCACCCAAAACUAAAGACCCAGUUCAAAAAUGGACACCUGUGAGGAAUAUAAACUUGUCAGAUGAAGAAAUUCAAAUCACAAAUAAAUACAUGAAAAAUGUUCCAACAUCAUUGGAUAGUACAGAGAUACAAAUAAUAUUAUGCUGUCACACAAUUUUACUCCAGAUAGUGUGAGUAUCAUCAAGAAAUCAAUCAAUAUUGGAGAGGUAUGGGAAAAAAAGGACCAUGCUACUUCACUGAGGAGAGUAUAGACUGGUACAACUACUGUGGAAAUCAGUAUGGAGAAUCCUCAUAAAACUAGGACUACAGGUUCCAUUUGAUCCAGCUAUUUAACUUUUGGGUUUCUCCCUAGACCACAUUGAUAUAUGCACACCCAAGUGUACAGCAUCACAGAUUGUAGUAGCAAAAUCUUGGAGACAAAUCAGGGUUCAUCAACUGAGGAACAAAUAAACAAGAUGUGCAGGGUUUUGUUUUUUAAUACAAUGGAGUACUACUAAAGCAAGAAAAAUGAGCCAUUUCUAAGUAAAUAGAUGCAGCUUGAGAAUAUAUUUGAAGUAAAAUAGAUCAGACUCAUGUGUGUAAUCACUGCAUUGUCCUCUAGAUAAACUGGAAAAGUAAAUAAUGAUUGAAAUCCACAAUAGAUACUGUAAAACGGAAGAAAUUCUCCAAAAGGAAGAGAGCAACUAAGGUGGGGAAAGGCAGAAAGAAAGGAAGGGAAAAGGAAAAAAAAGAUUACAAAAAGAUAACAUGGAAAAAAUUUGUAAAAUGAAAAAGGAAGAGGUGUUGAAGAAAACAGAAGCGAUUGGGAAAAAGGAAUCAAAAUAUUUCAUACACAGGUACAAAGUCUGCAUCAUUAGUAAGAGCAUUAUGUUUAUCCAAAAUGUCACAAUAAACAAUUUCUAAAAGGUAAAAGAAGUCCCUAAGUGGGCCCUUGUUUUACAAACUCAGUUGUUCACAAGAGCUGGUUAUAUUUCAAACUGGUUUUAAGUCAAGACUACAUUUUCCAUAAAAAUUAAUGAAAAAACCUGUUAUACACUCCAAAGCUAAAAAAACCUUAACUAAAUUUUUCAUUGUAACAAGGGUUAUAUACUAUAUAUAAUUUAUCAUAAACACCAAUAAUCUUCCUGGUGUACUCACAAAGAAAUUAUACAGUGUGCCUAAUUUCAUACUAUACACACCAUUCAAGGUGACGUCAUGGUUUUCAGGAAAAAGCGAAGGAAUGGAAAGUGGUUCUUCUUUGGAAGGAGAUUUCUUUUCCAUAAGAACAUCAGGAAUUGGGCUUUCACCUGCAUCUGGGCUCAAUUGAUGUUUACCUAUGCUUACAUAGGCUUUUCAAGAAUAGCAAGUCCUGUUUAGCAGCACAUAAGUGCCUGGCAUUCGGAUUGUAACUCAAAACUUGGAUGAUGACUUGAAACUAACAUUCGGAUCUAAAUCAACUUGCUGAUAUAUGAAGGCAGACAUAACUGAAACAUCCACUGUGACUCCUUACUUCCUAUUAUGUGUCUUUUAUUUCUCAUUUUUGAAAAAAAUACAACUUAUAAUUCCAUGGGUCUUAUUUCAGUUAACAUGAGGACACAAGGUCACUCAAUUAUUCACAUAAAACUCAAGUUUAUAUCUUUCAUCAUGACAGAGUAGCAAUCCACUGCAUGCAAAUACAUAAGCUUCAUGUAUUCAUAAGUUGUUGGAAAUAAAGGUUGCUUCCAUGAUAUAGGGAUGAUAAAUUCUGCUACUAUACAAUUUUCAGCUUAAAAUUUUUAUAUAGUCAUCUUAAUUUUGUUUAAUUAAAAAAUUCACAUUUUUAUAUGUAAAAACACAAAUUCAGUCCAUAAAUAUUACAUAACAGUGCCUUUGAAUUGUAAUCAGAAAUUCAUUUAGGAAACCAUAAUCUAUGAAAGUGCAUAUGGCCUGUGGAGUGAAGGAAGUGAUGAAAGCAAAGUGGUGAGAAACUUUACUGAAAACUCCAGUAGAGAAAACAAAAAGAAACAGGAAAACAGAAGUAGAAAAUAAAGGAAAGACAUUUAGAAAAUGAAGCUGGUAUGUUCUCUAUUUAAAUCGUCUGAACACACCAGAGUCUUCAGAGAACCCACAGGCAAAGGUUCAGGAUCACACAUCCAUCUCAAACAGCCAAGCAGCAUCAGCAGGAUCCCAUGGCCUGGCCAUUGACUGGAUUGGUGGCCCUGCUGGUGCUCACCAUCAUGGCAUCAUGCUCUCUGGCCUGCACCCUGCCACAGACCCACAGCCAGAGGAAUGCCAGGGCCCUGCUUCUCCUGGAACAAAUGAAGAGAAUUUCCACUUUCUCCUGCCUGAAGCACAGACAGGACUUUGGAUUGGCUCAGCUGAACUUCGAUGGCAAGCAGGUCCAGGAGGCUCAGGCCUUCUCGGUCCUCCAUGAGAUGGCCAGGCAGACCUUCAACAUCUUCACAUCAGAAGACUCAUCAGCUGCCUGGAACCAGAGUCUCCUUGACACCUUCUGCACUGGCCUCCAUCAACAGUUGAAUGACCUGCAGGCCUGCUUGACCCAGGACACGGGGCUGGAAGAGCCUUCCCUGUUGCAUGAGGACUCCAGACUGGCUGUGAGGAAAUACUUCCACAGGAUCGCUGUCUACCUGAAGGAGAAGAGCUACAGUCCUUGUGCCUGGGAGGUGGUCAGAGCAGAAAUCGUCAGAUGCUUCUCUUCAUCAGAAGAACUGUUGAGAAAGAUGCAGCACUAAGGAAUGAGUCCUGGUUUAACAAGAAAAUCAUUUACAUCGAUUGCAUGACACUUUCACGAUUCUAUCAUUUCCAAGAUUCCCAUUUAGGCUCUAUUCAUAACCUGCUUUGUUUGUCCAUUUUUAUCAGGAGUCCUGGGCAACAUUGUGAUCAUCUCUAUAUGUUUUUCUUCCAGCUCAUUUUUCAAACAUAAAAGUAUUUAUUUAUUGGUGUAUUUAAGAUUUAUUUAACUAUAAGACAUUUUGUGUUUACUAUGCAUAAAAUAUGCAGACUUCUAAAUUACAGUUAAUAAAACAUGUUCUUUACAUUUGCUCAAUUUGUCAGUUUGCUUUUUCCAUUGGAUUUGUGUCAUAUGAACCCUUCGUAUAUGUGUUUGUCCUUUAAAAGAUACUCCAGAUGGCAGAGUAGUAAGCAACAAAUAGCCCCUUGAGAGACACCAUCUAGAAUUGGGGGUACACCAUCGUGAAGAACACAAGAAAGAAGAAAAUUGGUACCCUGGACAUAGAAGAGUCUGAAUUUUGAAUUGAAGCUCAGAGACAGUGAAAAGGAAAACUUCAAUGAAGAAGGCAGUAUCUGGUGGCGGCUUCGCCAUCAGCCAGACUCACUGCUUGAGAGCAGCUGUUGGAACCUGGGGACAUGUGGUGGUAGUGGCAGCUGGCAAGCCCUCAGGCCUCUGUGGAAAGGUUUGAUGGCAGAGGGGAGCAGUGGACAUGGAGAACAUUGCUGGAUGCUGUUGAGUGCCAAGGAAUUGGUCCUCCUGUGGAAGAGACCAUUGGUUGGCAGUCAUUUUGGAGCUGGGCCAGAUAAGUCCAGAAUGAAAACUAUUGAUAGCUUCCUCCAGCAGAUUUUAGCUGGGCACAGAACUGUGCAAAAAUGCUAGGAUGAUGGUGAGCCAAAUCAGUCUGGUCUCAGGACAGGGCUGCUAAAGUUCUCUGCUUCUGUCCUCAAAGCAAAACCUGGAUUGUGGAGGUGAAGUAACAGGGUUUGGGAUGCUGUCUCCACAGUCUACUAGUGAAUCCAGAGAGAAUCCUGAAAGUGGACAAUGUUUUUGUUUUGUUUUGUUGUUGUUUUUCUUUUCUUCUUUUCUUGUUUGAUUUAUUUAUUUUUUAAUCACUCUUUCACUUCCAUCAUUUUCCUUUCUUUUUUUUUUUUUAAGCAUGAGUGUGGUUCUUAAUCUCCUUGUAGGUCUGGUUUUUGUUCUGUUCUACCUUUUAUUUCUUCCAGCUCUCUUUUUCAUCAGUCUUCUGCAUCGAUGUCUCCAAGUUGGUGGGAUCCAUUUUUAUGCUUGUAAUCCAAGCUACUUGUAAUCUUUUUCUUUCCCACUUUUCUGUGUUCUCUUUAAUCUAUUUUGAAUCUUAACACUUGAGACAGAAUUGACAUAAUUACACAUUGAUAUACUGAAUACAAUUGUUGUGCAUUCUGUUGAAAAGAUAUGAGAAGACACUUAAACAAGACAUAACCUCAGAGAUUUAGUUCACUAAAGCAAACCAAGGAAAGAGUGAGGCUGGAAAAUUUGAAAACCCACACCAGGUCUCUGCAAAAUGGUAACAAAGCAAUUGGAUAAGGCUCUGGAAAAAAUGAAACCAAAAAUACUCUCUCAAAACUAGAAAAGGAACAUGAAAAAUCAAUCCAGCAACUACUAGAUGAGACAAACAGAAUAAUUUAAGAUUAAUUGGAGUCAGUGAACAAGCAGGAUAUACCACAAAUGACAUUAAAAAUAUGUUCACAGACAUUGUGACAGAAAACUUUCCUGGUAGAGAAAAAUACAAAUAAGUGAGGCAUAGAGAACUUCAAUUACCAAUUAUCAAAACAAUUCUGCAUUCAGGCAUGUCAUAGUCACGAUUCCAGAAACUCAAUACAAGAAAAGAAUUUGAAAAGCUGUUAGGGAAAAGAAAAAAGUCACCUAUAAAGGAGAACACAUCAGGAUUACAGCUGACUUCUCAGUACAAACUGUCAAGUCUAGGAGAGCUUGGAGUAAAGUACUGCAAGUUCUAAAGGAAAACAACUUUCAACCCAGAUUGAUGUAUCCCACAAAACUAUCUUUCAAAAUUGAUCCAGAAAUAAGAUACUUCCAUGACAAAGAAUAGCUGACAAAAAUAUAUGACAACCAAACCUGCACUCCAAAAUGUUCUGAAGGACAUUCUAGAGUGAGAUAACAAAGACGUCAUUUCCACGAACACUAAAAGAAGGAAUUCACCAGGAAAAGCAAACGAUUACAGGGAAAGGGAAAAAAAGAUGUGAGGGGGGCAAUAGCAGGAAAGUAACAUGACAACAAUAAAUCUAUACAUAUCAGUUUUAACCAUCAAUAUUAAAAGUCUCAAUUCACCAAUCAAAAGACACAGACUGGCAGAAUGGAUCAAGAAACUGAGAUCCAAUAACAUGCUAUCUACAAGAAAUACAUUUACCCCAAAAAGAAUGUCUAAGGAUGGAAAACAAUACUCCAUGCAAAAGACAUUCGGAAAAAACAGGGGUUGCUAUUCUAUUUGCAGGUCAUGUGAAUUUCAAGCCAAGACUGAUUAAGAGAGAUAAAGAAGGUCACUACAUUCUGGUAAAGGGAAGUGUCCAAGAGGAAGACAUAGCAAUCAUUAAUAUAUAUACAACUAAUAUUAAUGCAUCUAGUUAUAUAAAACAAUCAUUACUGGGCAUGAAAAAUCGAGUAAGCCUUAUUACAAAUGUCUUGGGAGACCUUAAUACCUCACUCUUACAAAAAGGCAGAUCAACAAGACAAAAAAUUAAUAAUGAAAAAUUAAUUAAUGAAAAAUUCCGAGACACAUAUGAAUUACCUAAACUGAAUCCAGAAGUGACAAGAAUUCUACAUAACCCAAUUAUCAAUACAUGAAACUAAAGAUGUAAUUAAAAUCAUGUUAACAAAGAAAAACCUAAGUCCUCACAGAUUCACUGCUGAACUUUACAGGAAAUUUAAUGAAAACUUAACACCACUACUUUUCAAAUUCUUAAAUGAAAUUGAAAGAAAAGUAAUACUCCCAGAUCCAUUUUUAGAAACAAGCAUUACUCUAAUUCCAAAACCAGAGAAGGACCCAAUGAAGAAAGAGAAAUACAGGUCAAUCUCUCUAAUGAACAUUGAUGGAAAAAUCCUUAAUAAGGUACUGGCAAACAGACUGCAGCAAAAUGGCAAAAAAGAGUGUACCAUGAUCAAGUGGAGUUCAUCCCAGGGAUUCAGGCAUGGUUCAACAUAGUAAACUCCAUAAAUGUAAUACAUCAUAUUAACAGAGCCAAGGACAAAAAUCACAUGAUCAUCUCAAUAGAUACAGAAUAAGCUUUUGGCAAAGUCCAGCAUCCAUUCAUGAUAAAAACCCUACAUAAAAUUGGUAUAGAUGGUCUUUAUCUCAAUCUGAUAAAACCCAUCUAUAAAAAAUCAACAGGCAACAUCUUAUUAAAUGUACAAAACCUGAACAUUUUAACUCUAAAAUGAGGAACCAGACAAGGAUGUCCACUGUUUCUACUCUUAAACAACACAGUCCUGAAAACUUUAGGCAGAGCAAUUAGACAAGAGAGAUAAAGAAACAGAAUAAAGAUAGGAAAGGAAGAAGUUAAAUUAUCAUUAUUUUCAGAUGACAAGUUACUCUACCUCGAAGACCCCAAAAACUCCACCAAUAAACUUCUAGAUUCAAUCAGCAAACUUAGUAAGGUAGCUGGUUACAAAGUCCACAUUUAAAAAUCAAUAGCCUUCUGGUACACAAAUAGCAAAUGUACUCAGAGAGAAAUCAGGGAAACAAUACAUUUUACAAUAGCAAACAAAAAAUUGAAAUAGCUAGGAAUUAAUCAAAUGAAAGAUGUAAAAUACCUCCAAGUUGAAAACUAUAGUACUCUGGAAAAGGAGGUUGAUGAAGAUAUUAGAAAAUAGAAAGAUAUCCCAUGCUCUUGGGUAGGAAGAACAUGUAUAGUGAAAUUGGUCAUAUUUCCAACACUGUUAUACAGAUUCAAUGCAAUCUUACAGAAUUAGAAAAAACAAUCCUAAAAUUCAUCUGAAAUAAGAAGAGAUCAAGAAUAGCAAAGGUGAUUGUUGGCAAUAAAGUGAAGCCAGGGGCAUCUCAAUUCCUGACUUGAAAUUAUACUACAAAGCUAGUGUGAGUUUUAAAAAAAUGUGUGCUACUGGAGAAAAAAAACAGACAUGAAGAUCAAUGGAACCGAUUAGAAGAUGCAGAAAUAACUGUAGACACACUAAGCUACUUUAUCUUUGACAGUGGUGCCAAACACAUUCUCCAAAAGAAACAUAGUCGCUUUAAUAAAUGAUGUUGGAAGAACUGGUUUUCACAUGCUGAAGAUUUAACCCGGACCCAUAUCUUUCACCAGUACUAAGCUAAAUCAGAAUGGAUUAAAGAUCUUAAUAUUAUUACAAAUGUUAGAUAUGUUGGGAGAUAGAAUAAGUAAAACUACUGAAAACAUUGGUAUAGGCAAAGACUUUAUGAAUAAAAUCCAGAUUGCACAGGGCUAACUACAAAGAAUCAGCAAAUGGGAUCUUUGUCUACUAAAAAGCUUUUGCACAGCAAGAGAAACCACCAACAGAGUGAAGAGACAGCCCACAAUGUGGGAAAAAAUGUUUGCCAAGUGUUACUCAGAUAAAGGAUUACAAUUGAAAAUAUAUAAACAAAAACAUUAGUCCUCACAGAUUUAAAAACCCAAUCCAAAAACGGGCAUCUGAGAAGAACAUACACGUAGCAGAUGAUAAAGUACAACAGCAAAUAAAUAUGUGAAAAAAGCAUUCAACAGCACUAGUCAUUUGACAGUUGCUUUCGAGAAUUAGAACAACACUGAAACUUUACCUCACCUCAGAAAAAAUGUCUAGUACUAAGAAAUGAACCAAUUACAAAUGAUGGAGAGGUUGUGGCAAAAAAGAACUCUUCUCCAUUGUUGGUGGGAAUGUACUCUGGGGUGCAAUUACUGUGAAAGUCAGUGUGGAGAUUUCUCAAAAAACUAGGUUGGAGGUCCCAUUUGACCCAGCUAUUCCCCUUCUCGAUAUCUUUCCAAAAGAAUUAAAAACAUCAUACUGCAAUGAUAUAUGGGCACCCAUGUUUAUAGCAGAAUAGUGUUUAAUAGCCGGAUCUUGGAAAUAACUUAAAUGUCCAUUGACUGAGGAAUGGAUAAGAAAGAUGUUGUAUUUAUAUUCAGAGAGUACUACUCAGCCAUAAAGAAUAAUAAACUGGACAAUGUUAUAGCUAAAUGCAUGCACCUUGAGGACAUACUUAUUAGUGAAAUAAAUAUGUCUUUCAUAUAUAACCUCAUAUUGUUUCAUUAGGGUGACAAGCUAAAAUAAAAAAUAAAACAUGGAUUUUGUCCCAGAGAGAAUGACUUCAUCCAAAGCAAUGACUCAGGCCACACCUGCCUUUACUUUACCUAACUGAUAGUGGACCAUUUUGAGUUGACUUUUGAAUGUUUUGAAAAUUUUUUAUGUGAUACAAGGUUUGGAGUUUCUUUUUGCAUGUAAAUAUGCAAAUGUUCCAGUAUGUUUAUUUAAUUGUUGUGCAUCCUUUCUCUAUUUAAUUGUUGUGCAUCUUUGCCAGAAAGCAAUUGUCCAUUAUGUGGGUAUCAAUUUUGGGACUUCAUAUGGGUUCUUUGGUGGUUUGUCUAUCUUGAUAGCAAUGCCAUUUUGUUACGAUGGGUAUAAUUUUGUGGUAAGUCAUGGGAUUAGGGAGGGUUGGAGCUCUAAUUUUGUUCCUUUAUCAAAGUUGAUUAGACUAUUAUGAAUCUUUUCUAUUUCUACAGAAACGAAAGAAUUAAAAUAAUAAUUUUUAGGAAAAAUGAUGUUGGCAUUUUGAUAAAGGAUUGUGUUUUCGGAUCUUUAUUAUUUCCUUCUAAUCAUUUUUGGUUUUAUUCUGUCUCUUAGAUUCAAUUUCUAAUGAAUGAUAUGAGGAUAUUUCCUUACUUUCUUCUUUUCUCAUAAAUGUACUUGGUCUUAAUUUUUUUAAAUGAAUAAAAAGAAAAAAGAUACUCCAAACUUCAAUGUACAACCUUAUGAAAGUAUGGAAGAAGGAAUCCAUUUGCCCAUCACUGUCAAACUCAAAAUAAAAGGAGUAACUUAUGCUCUCAUGACCUGGGACCAAAGUGCAGUUGAAGAGUGCUCAUGCAGUAUGUGUGAGGCUCUGAGUUUGAUCCACAUCACUUCAAAAAACAAUAAAAUAAAAUCAUAGCUCACCGACUUUUAUAGAUAAACAACCUAAAAAGAAUAAUCAUAGAUACUAUCAGAUAUAUGAACUGCCACAGUGAAACAAAGGGAAAGCCAAUAAAACCUUCUCAGGAACAUAUGGAUGUUGAAAUAUGUUAAGAUAUAAAAAUGAAAAAAAUCAGACAUCUAAAUAUCCACUGUUCUUCGAACCCAUGACCUUCAUUCAGAAAAAGGAAGCUGCUGGAAAUUUUUGCAUGGUGACUACAGUCUCAGCAAUACAGGUGCUCAUACAGAAAGGGUUUGGAGAGAAAAAUUUAAACCAGGAGCUGGAUUCAUCAGGAUCUAAAACAGCAAGUGAAGAGUCAUACAGAAAACAAAGGUAAAAGAGUCUUAGAGUAGAAAGAUAAAGGAAUGGUGAUAAAAGGGUUUUUAAGGAAAUCAAUCUGCUAAGGGAAGGAAUUUUUGGAGUCAUGUAAGGCAUGAAUUGAAACUGCCCACUACAUCUCUCCCUCCACCUAACACCCCAUUCAAAGGGACCUCCUUAAUGUUCCUUUGUUUAGAGAUUUUUGUGUUCUGAUGGUUACUAAUACGAGAGACAACACCAGGCACACACUCUCCUUCCUGAAAAUACACAAGUGGCUGGUCUAGAACAUGAUUAAGAUAGAGGAGUCAACUGGAGAUCAUGGAAAGAGGACAGAGAUGAUUAAAGUGUCUGCCAGAAUCAUGGCAGUCUUAGGAAAUGGUUUAUAUUGAGCUACGUCUCCUUUCACAUCACAAGAUCUGAAAUCUGCAUGCUGAGUCCUUAAGAUUCUCUCCAUAAGCAGUAAUCGAUUGCAGUAAAUGCUGAGAACACAGAGAUUUCCUAGAGGGGUACAGACAAAUAAAGUGCCCCCAACGAGGCUCACACUGAAACCAUCUCGCUCUGAACACUCAUGAUGUACAAAACAUAGGAGAUUCUAUUCAUGAAGACAGGGCAACUCAAGUUAUCUUGAAUUCUCUUCAGAUGCAGGCUGCUUUAAAAAUAAACAGUCCAAAAGCAACAGGGUCUGACUUGUGGAAGAGCUUUCUAAAAUACAAAUAAAUCAUGUGCAUAUUGGAAGGUCCAAAUUUCUCAAAGGAAUGAAUUUUUUGAAACAAAUUUUUUAUCUCAAUUGACUGAAGAAAAGAUUUUAAACAUAUGAAUUAUCUCUCCUUGCAGUCUGUGCAUUCUACAAUGUUUAUGUAUAUUUAAACAUUGGUUCCCUUCCUAAAGAGUAGAGCUCCCAAUGAUCUGGAUGUAGUGUUAUAACUCAAUAAUGCCAGGUUGAGGAAGGAGGAUUGUUGGUGUGUUCCAGACCAGUGUGGGCUGCAUAGUGAAUUCAAGGUCAGCCUGAACUUCAUGGUGAGAACACACACACACACACACACACACACACACACACACACACACUCAAUUAGAGGCAGCAAAACACAUGUACAUGAGUAAAAAAUUAGAAAUCUUCACCAUGAAUGGGAUAAAGAGCAAUCUGUCUCAGCAUGUGAAAGUUCACUAUAAUGAUAGUGACAGUGGAGUCAUUAAUAAAGCAAACAAAAAGAAGUUAAACCAAAAAGUUCAUUUCUUAAGCUUGACAUGGUGGCACAUGCCUGCACUCUCAGCACUCAUGAGGAUUGCCUAGGGUUCAAGUUCAUACUGGGCUGGUAUAUUGUGAAUCAAGGCCUUUUUAGAUCCUUAGGUCAUCAAAGGGCCACUGUGAGCCCUAUUUGCUGUGAUUCCAUAUGAAAAGCACUUCUGUAUCUGAAGGCCCUGGGGGACGAUCUUAAUGCCUCGACCGCCUUUGGUGCUGUGGACUCAGCUGGGAUUCCUGUGCACAGGGCCUUGGUUCAGGUGGGCCAGGUUCAUUCUGGACAGUGCAGAACUUCCAUGUGACUCUGUGGGACUUCUAUGUUAGUGUACAUGCACGGCUAUAGCAGUAUCUUGGUUUUAUUUCAGAUGUGGUAUAUGUUUGCUAAACAAAAAUAUUAUUUAACAAUAAUGGACACAGAGAACAUAGAAUCCAAGCUGAUAUGUAAAUCGAUAUUUUUUUAGCAUAUGUUUAAAUAAACUAAUGAAUACAAACAUUGCCGGAGGCUGGUACAUGUACAUGACACAUCUUCAUUUUAUUUAAACCUCUUCCCCUCCAAGCCCUCUCCUUCAGUUUGUGCGCCCAGUCCUACUGAUAAAAAAAAAUCUAUUUUUUAUUAAUUUAUUCUUUUAUUAUAGACUCAUAUUUUGUCUUCUUAUAAAGCAGAUAUUAAACAGUACUUCACUGUGUGUCUGAUUUUCUUCGGCCAGUGUUAUAGAUUCAAGAUGUGUCCAUUUUUCCCACAAAUAACUCAAAUGGAUCCUUUGUAGCAGAGAAGUACUAUAUUGUGUAUGAAUAAUACAUUUUCUUUAUCCAUUAUCUUUUGGGGAAAAUAGCUAUUUCCAAAAUCUAGCUUUGUAAAUUUUGCUGCAAUAAACGAGCAUAUAUAUGCUUCGCUGAUAUACGAUAUCUUUUAACUCAAUUGAGAAAAUAGCUAGUAGGAAAACAGAGGGGUGGAAUAAGAUUUCUAUUUCUCAUUUUGAGAGAUCUUCACACGGAUUUUCACAGUGGUGGUACUAGUUUACAUUGCUAUGAAAAAUGCAGAAGGGAAGGCUUGGUACACAGUUCAGCAGCAAAGCAACUGCCUUGCAGGCUCAAGGUCAUGACUUCCAUCCUCAGUAUCAAAAUAAUAAAAAUAACAACAACAACAACAACAAUAAUAAUACAGGGUUCCUCGUUCUACACAGCUUCAUUAACAUUCUUAUUAUCUAAUUUCCUACAUGUACCCAUUCUUUCUGAAUAUUGAAUCCCUGUGUUGUUUUAAUUUGCGUUUCUGAAAUGGCCAAGAUUUUGAACUUUCCAAUGUAGUUACUGGCCAUUUGGACUUUCUCUUUGUAGAAGAGUCUAAUCAUAACAGUUGCACAUUUUUGGACUAGGUCUUCUAUUUUGAAAGGUUUGAUUUUUGAGUGAUUAUAUUGGUGUUAAUCUUCUGCCUGAGGUGUAGCUGGCAAUUAUUUUUCCAUUUGUGAAAGAUGUUUCUUUUUCCUUGCUUAUUUUCUUAGCAGAGCAGAAGUGAAUUUGAUAUAAUCACAUUUCUUCCUUCUUGAAGCUAUUGCUUGUGCAACUAUGUUUCUAUUCACAAAGUCUUUGUCCACACCUAUGUCUUCAAGAGUUUUACUUACUUUGACUUCCAGCAAGUUAAGUGUUUCUCUUUUAACACUUUGAUUUUGAUUAACUUUGAUUUUACUAUAAUACAGUGUGAAAAAUGGAGCU